GAAGAUUCUCAAAAUUCCACUCAUGGUCUUUCUUGGCCAGCGUAUGGGCGCCUUCAUCUGCAUCUUCUUCGUCUUCCUCUCUCACUCUCUCUCUUGUAUUUAUCAUCAUCCUUUCUCCAUGGCUAUAUAGCUCUCUUCUCAACUAGAUUUGCAUAUUUAGGGUUCUUGAUCUGUCUCACAGGGUUCAUCCUCUCUGAUUGCAUGUCGGGGUUUGGGCAAGUAUGAGAUUCCGUUUAAUGUGUUUCUCUAUCUGUGUAUUCUGUACAGAAUCAUCUUGAUUUAUUUUCUAUAUAUAUAUAUAUAGCGUUUUCUCUGAGAAAAUUUACAGUCUAUGGAUUCUUAGUGGAAGAAUCCAGAAAAAAGGUUCCAUAAUUCUUGUACGUAAUCCCAUAUUCCUUCCGAUAUAUAUCAGAGAGAAGAGAGAAGAAAGAACCUCCCUUUUUGAAAAGGAUUGGAUUGCCGGUCUCCCUGUGUUUCUCUCCCCAGAAAUCAGAGAAUAAUAGUCUAUCAUCUGUUAUUAUCAUGAAGAGCCAAUACCCUAAUUUACUGCCCUCAACCGCCAAGCUCUUCACUGCUCCAAUCCAUCGUUCCUACGUCGUUUCUUGCUUCUUCUUCUUCGCCUUUGGCCUUACCUUCGGCGUAAUUCUCAGCUUCUAUCUCAAUCACUUUUCCUUGAAUCUGCACUUCACCCAGCUCUCCGCCGACGUCUCCACUAUGCCGACCGACGGCGGACGAUUCGAGGAGUUCCUGCAGCCGUCAAAUCUCACGCACGACAUGAACGAUGAGGAGCUGCUUUGGAGAGCGUCGAUGACUCCGAGGAUUCGGGAGCCUCCAUUCAAACGAGUCCCGAAGGUUGCUUUCAUGUUCUUGACGAGAGGGCCUGUUCUUCUGGCACCCUUGUGGGAGAAGUUCUUCAAAGGCCACCAAGGGUUUUACUCCAUUUAUGUCCACUCCGAUCCCUCUUUCAACCUGUCGGAGCCGGAAAAUUCGGUCUUCUAUGGCCGCCGAAUUCCCAGCAAGGGAGUGGAAUGGGGAAAGGUGAACAUGAUGGAAGCAGAGCGGCGCCUGCUGGCCAACGCCCUCCUGGACGUCUCGAACCAGCGCUUCGUCCUCCUCUCGGAAUCCUGCAUCCCCCUCUUCAACUUCUCCACCAUCUACUCCUACCUCAUCAACUCCACCUCCACCUUCGUCGAAGCCUACGACCUCCCUGGCCCCGUCGGCCGCGGCCGCUACAGCCACCAUAUGGCCCCCAACAUCACGCUCCGCCAAUGGCGGAAGGGCUCCCAGUGGUUCGAAAUCGACCGCCAGCUCGCCCUCGAGGUCAUCUCCGACGACAAGUAUUUCCCGACGUUCAAGAGCUACUGCAAGGGCGCCUGCUACGCUGACGAGCACUACCUACCGACGUUUGUGAGCAGUAGGUUCUGGGAGAGGAAUUCGAACAGAAGCUUGACGUGGGUGGACUGGUCCAAGGGCGGCCCGCAUCCGGCUAAGUUUAUCAGAACGGACGUGACGGUGGAGCUUUUGGAGAAGAUGAGGAGCCGGAAGGAAUGUAAAUAUAAUGGGAAUGUGACGAGGGUUUGCUUCUUGUUUGCCAGGAAGUUUACGCCCCAUGCUCUGGACAGGCUGCUGAGGUUUGCCCCCAAAGUUAUGCAAUUUAAUUAAUUGAUCAUAUAUACAUAUAUAUAUAUAGGGUUAGGGUUAACAUUUAUUAAUUUGUGAUGAUCUUGGGGUAUGGAAUGAGUUUGCCCUUGGAUUAUUUCAUUGAUUUCUUCAAUUAUUAUUUUUCAUAAAUUUGUUUGAUAAUUAAAUUGUAAUCAAACAUGUAAACGGAAAGGAGGAAGAAAAUGAGAAAGUGAGUCAUAUUUUUAAAUUUUUGUCAA